GCGCCGUGAACGGAAUGCGCAGGCGCGAUAACUUUCGCUCGAUUGAUCUGGUCUGGCUGAGGGCAGUGAGUGUGUGUGUGUGUGUGUGUGUAGCGAGCGCCGAGCGCAUCGAGUGGAGUGUUGCAUUCACUCUGUGCUAAUCAGCUUAUGGUUGUAGAGCAGAAGAGUGUGAGUGUGGGAGACACUGAGAUUGGAGGCUAGAUGGCUGGCUGCCCUGUGAACUGACUCCACACCCAGAGCAAAAGGUCAUCUGUGAGAGUAAAAGUUGCCUGUCUGCCACACCGUAUGGAAUCUCUCCCUGCAGAAUGCUCCUAUUCCCAGGCUGCUCCUAAUAAGAUUGUAGGAUGUUGCCCGCGGUGAUCCUGGAUUUCCCCACCUGACCGGUCCUGGAGCGUCUGCUGUCCAAACCAUGCUGUGCCCGUGCCGCAACAAGGCCAAGCUGCUGACGGUCGGUUUGUUGCUGCUGUCUGUCGUCACCUGGCUGUACCUGUCCGUGGGUGACACUGAAUAUGGGCUGUCUCCAGGGGCACCAGCUCCGCGCCUGUUUCCCAGAGCCCCCUCACUGCAAGAUCUGGAAGUCAGACUCCAGGAGGCUGAGGAAGAGAACGUGAGGCUGCGCCUCCAGCUGGGAGAACUGCGGAGUGCGGACCAUGGAGCUGAGGGGGGGAACGGCAGCCGGUGUUUACAGAGGAGUCUGACUGAGAAGUGUGAGCUCAUUCAUGUUGCCAUUGUGUGUGCCGGCCAUAACAGCAGCAGGGAUGUAGUGACGCUGGUGAAAUCCAUUCUCUUCCACCGGAGGAACCCGCUACAUUUCCACCUGAUCACAGACACCGUUGCUUUGCGUAUUUUGGGCAACCUGUUCAGUACCUGGAUGGUCCCGUCCCUACAGAUCAGCUUCUAUAAUGCCAGUGAUCUCAAGCCGGAGGUUUCAUGGAUCCCAAACAAACAUUACUCUGGAAUCUAUGGUUUGAUGAAGCUAACUCUGACAAAGGCGCUGCCCUCUGACCUGUCAAAGGUCAUUGUUCUAGACACUGACAUCACUUUUGCCACAGACAUUGCUGAGCUGUGGGCUAUAUUUAAAAAAUUCACAGGUGAACAGGUUCUAGGCCUGGUGGAGAAUCAGAGUGACUGGUAUCUGGGGAACCUUUGGAAGAAUCACAAGCCCUGGCCGGCUCUGGGCCGUGGAUUCAAUACAGGGGUCAUCCUGCUUUUCCUGGACAGGCUGCGUCUGAUUGGCUGGGAAGAGAUGUGGCGUCUGACGGCCGAGAGAGAGUUAAUGAGUAUGCUAAGCACCUCCCUUGCUGACCAGGAUAUAUUCAAUGCGGUUAUAAAGAGCUCGCCGACUUUGGUGUAUCCGCUUCCCUGUUACUGGAACGUGCAGCUUUCCGAUCACACUCGCUCCGAGCAGUGCUACAGUGAGCUGGCCGAUCUCAAGGUGAUUCACUGGAAUUCCCCCCACAAGCUCCGAGUCAAGAAUAAACACGUCGAGCUGUUCAGGACGCUCUAUGUCACCUUUCUGGAGUACGAUGGGAGCCUGCUGCGCAGAGAACUGAUUGGCUGCCCCAGCGACAAAGGACAAGACCAAGAGGCUGCACUGGAACAACUUGAUGAGGAAGACGUGUGUUAUGACUUCCGCAGAGAGCGCCUAGCAUCCCACCGCAUCCACCUGUCCUUCCUCCCGCAGCAAACACUAGCGGAGGAUCCGCAUGAUGUCACCUUGGUAGCCCAGCUGUCUAUGGAUAGGCUGCAGAUGCUGGAGUUGAUUUGCCGCCACUGGGAGGGCCCGAUGAGCUUGGCCUUGUACUUGUCGGAUGCAGAGGCGCAGCAGUUUCUCCGUUACGCUCAAGCCUCAGAGGUUCUGCAGUCUCGGACCAAUAUCGGUUACCACGUGGUCUACAAGGAGGGCCAGCUUUACCCGGUGAACCUCCUGAGAAAUGUGGCAUUGAGGAACGCCCAGACACCUUAUGUCUUCUUGUCCGACAUAGACUUCCUGCCCAUGUAUGGACUGUACGACAGCCUGAGGAAAUCCAUAGCACAGGAAGACAUGGCCAGCACCCAGAAAGCUCUCAUUGUUCCGGCCUUUGAAACCCUGCGUUACCGUCUGUCCUUCCCCAAAUCCAAAGCAGAUCUGCUCUCCAUGCUGGAUAUGGGGGCGCUCUACACCUUCCGAUACCACGUGUGGGAGAAGGGACAUGCUCCGACCAACUAUGCCAAGUGGAGAACAGCAACAACUCCUUACCAGGUUGAUUGGGCACCAAAUUUUGAACCCUACGUGGUUGUACGAAGAGACUGUCCUGAAUAUGACCAGCGCUUCCUGGGCUUUGGUUGGAACAAAGUGUCCCACAUCAUGGAGCUGGAUGCGAAGGGGUACGAACUAGUGGUUCUUCCCAACGCCUUCAUCAUCCACAUGCCUCAUGCUCCCAGCUUUGAUAUCUCCAAGUUCCGCUCCAGUGAAAACUAUCGCCUCUGUGUGCAAAUGCUGAAAGAAGAGUUUCACCAGGAUCUGUCCAGAAGAUACGGCUCAGCAGCUCUCAAAUACAUCGCAGCCGAGAGGAACCGGUGACCUUGGACUUCAGUCUCCUCGGCCAGCAUAAAAAGGAGACACAGACUCUGUCAUCUUACUGGACGGAACAGUCACGCAGCUGUAUAGUGGAGUGGACGGACUCACUCUGUGCCUGUGGCAGACAUUUAGGCGCCGCUGCCUUAUUAAAGGGGAGAACCUGCGUUUUGGUCAGGGUCCAUAUGUGCCUCUUUAGACCAGCUGAACUUUUGUUUCAAUUAACUUAUUUCUUUUUGCCUUACGGAGGAAUCUUGAGACAAUCAACAAACCGUCACCAUCUUCGGGCUAAUGCCGACAUUAAGUCAUAAUCACUGGAUUUAUAUAUUUAUAUAUAUAUUUUGGGAGAAGCCACUUCUUCUGCUAAGAUUUUACAAUGCUAUAUAUUUUAUUUAUUUAUGUCUGAUAUGAAGUCGGAUGUAGCACUACAGCCAGGACAGGAUUCCUGUCUGAUACUUUAUAAAAUUUUUACAAAAAAAUAAAUAAUAAAAAAAUCUAUUAUAUACACCAAUAAAA